UGCUGCUACUAGGGGCGAAGGACCACCAGCCAUGGUCGCCAAACACUUUAGCCAGGGGUGCAGCCCCGAGCUGGGGGUGCCGGACAUGACGGUCAUCAGCGACAUCGACGAGGUCGGCAUCAACCGCAACCUCCAGGUUCGCUACAGUCGGGACGAGAUUUACACGUACACGGGAUCGAUCCUGAUAGCUGUCAACCCGUACAAGGAGGUCGACUUUUACACCAUGCAACACGUGCGCCAAUACCACGGCCAAAAGAUGGGGUCCCUCGAGCCGCACGUGUUCGCACUGGCCGAGGCUGCCUACCGCUCGCUCAUGAACGCCGACGUGAACCAGUCGUGCGUCAUAUCGGGCGAGAGCGGGGCCGGCAAGACCGAGACGACAAAGUUCAUCCUGCAGUACCUGUGCUCGGUGACGAGCAACGUCGACACGUGGGUCGAGCAGCGCAUCCUCGAGGCCAACACCAUACUCGAGGCUUUCGGUAACGCGAAAACGGUGCGCAACGACAACAGCUCGCGUUUCGGGAAGUUCAUGCAGGUGUGCUUCGACGGCAAGUGGAUGAUACGGGGCUGCAUAAUCCAGGAUUACCUCCUCGAGCAGAGCCGCAUCACCUCCCAGAGUCCCGGUGAGCGCAACUACCACGUGUUUUACCAGCUGGUCGAGGCGGCUCGCCGCGACCUCGAGUUCGCCGAGCAGUACAGGCUCAAGCCGGCGAGCCACUACAGGUACCUCAACCGGGAGGAGGAGGAGGAGGACGCCGCGGCCACCGACUCGAAAAAGUUCGACGCGCUGAGGCUGGCGUUCAACGUGCUGCAGGUGCCGGUCGAGAUGUGCGAGGGUAUAUUCCGGGUGCUCUCGGCCAUCCUCUGGCUGGGCAAUCUCGGCUUUCAGGACGUGGACGGGGAGAGGUGCGAGCUGGCGACCGCCGACCGCGAGAUCCUCGAGACCGUGUCCAUUCUCCUGGGAUUGCAGCUCGAGGACGUGCAUCGGGUGGUCCUGCAGCGCGAGAUCAACGUCCGGGGCAACAUAACCGAGAUCCCGCUGAGGGUCCAGGAGGCGCGGGAGAACCGCCACGCCAUGGCCAAGGCCCUCUACUCGCGCACCUUCGCCUGGCUGAUCAACCACAUAAACAAUUGCACGAACCCGGGCCAGGACACGUCGCGCUUCCUCGGGGUCCUCGACAUCUUUGGCUUCGAGAACUUUGCGAGCAACAGCUUCGAGCAGCUCUGCAUCAACUACACCAACGAGAAGCUCCACAAGUUCUUCAACCACUACGUAUUUGCCCUCGAGCAGGAGUUGUACAGGCAGGAGGGGAUACAUUACUCGCACAUCAGUUUCACGGACAACAGCAUAUGCCUCGAGUUGAUCGAGAAACCGCCCAGGUGCGUGCUCAAGUUGCUCACGGAGCAGUGCCACAUGCCCAAGGGCUCGGAUUUGGCCUACCUGACGAAUCUGCACGCCGAGUUCGAGGGCCACCCGAGUUACAUCAAGGGCGACGAUCGCCGCAGGUGGGAGAAGGAGUUUGGGGUCAGGCACUACGCGGGUUGCGUCACCUACACGGUCGAGGGCUUCGUCGAUAAGAACCGGGACGUGCAGCAAGACGUCUUUUUCGACUUUAUGUCCAGGAGCACCAACGAGUUCGUCCAGGAGAUUGCGGCCUUUCAGGAUCUCGUUGGUUGCCCGGUCGGUAGAGCAUCCACGGGCAGUACGAUCAGCAGCAGCAGUGGCGGGAGCUGUAGUAGCAACAGCAGCGCGGCAGCAACCCUGUCCCGAGGCACCUCGAAGGGCAAGCCGACGCUGUGCGACUCGUUCCGACAUCAGCUCCAGGCGCUGGUGGACGUGCUUCAAGCGACUACGCCCUGGUACGCGCGCUGCAUCAAGCCGAACAUGGACAAGAGGGCCGAUCAUUACGACGAGAAGCUGGUGCUCGACCAGCUGAGGUACCUCGGCAUGCUCGACAUCAUACGCAUACGGAAGGAGGGCUUUCCCAUACACAUGGACUUUGGGGACUUUGUGGCGAGGUAUCGUUGCCUCGAGAAGAGGCGCUUCGCUCUACCCAGGGACGACAAGGAGGCCGUGAGGGCGCUCAUCAGAACCAAGAGCGUUUCCACCAACGAGUGGCAGAUCGGCAAGACCAAGGUGUUUCUGAGGAAGUUUGUGCACGAGCCUCUCGAGGACGCGAGAAACCAGAUCAUGACGGCCAACGCCGUUCUCCUGCAAAAGAUCUGGCGGGGCUACAAAGUUCGCAAAGAGUAUGUGCGCGUAAGAGAGGCCGCUCUGAAAGUGCAGCAUGCCUAUCGGGGCUGGAAGCUGAGGAUCGUGUUCCUCAAGAAGAGGCGCGCCGCCAUCGUGAUACAGUCGCAUUUGCGCGGUGCCUUUGCUCGGGAAGUCGCGGCCGCGUUGCGGGAGAUGAGGCUAGUCGACGAGGAGAUGCGGAAGCGCGAAAGACUCGAGAAGGAACGCCAGGAGAUGGAGGACAAUAAGGCCCUUGAGGACAGCCAGAGCGAUAAGUACAACGGUAUGGCCGGAAUGGAGGCUGGAAGAGCGGAAGAAGAAAUCGCGGCUCUCACGCAGAUGGCCGAACAGUACAACUCCAAGAUAGCUGGCAACAACAACAGAAACACAAACACCACCAACCACAACAACAACAUCAACAACAACAGCCACGAAGGACAAACCGAUUCGGUGGACCUCGACAAUAUAUUCUCCUUCCUUUCUGACAUGCAAUCGGGUGGUAAGAGCAAUAACAACAUAAUCGACGAGAUCGGCGACAAGAUGAACGAGCUGGUCGAGAACCUCGAUGUCGAGCUCGAGUCCGUGAUUCAGCAGGAACUCCAGAUGAACGCCAAGCUGGAGUUGAAGCGGAACAACAACGUUCAACAGACCAAUGGGGAAGAGGUCGAGAAGACCCACAAUCUGGUCAACGGAUAUCAGAAGAAGACCCCGAGUUUGCCAGAACCGACGGAGCCUCCACCUCCACCUCCGAUGCAGGAGAUCAAAAAGGUCACAAGCCCGAAUGGCCUGAUGGAGCAUAGGAUUAACUCCACGGAGAAUCAUUACGCUAACCACCAGCCGUUACCCCAACAGAACGGACACGGUCACCACGUGCACGAGCACAUCAACAUCAGCAAUCACUUGCCGCUUCCGCCACCGCCUGCGCACUUGUACCAACAGCAGCCAACACAGCCCCAACAGUCACCGAAAGAGCAACACUAUCCGCCGCAGUACCAUCCGCAAAAACAACAACAGCAGCAGAACCACACCAACAACAACAACCACCAACAACACAACCACCACCAGCUGCAACAGCAAGAACAACAACCACCACAACAACACCAACAGCAGCAACAACAACAACAGCAGCAGCAACAACAACCGGCUGAACGCGAGCAGAGGCGAAAGCAUCGAGUCGAACGCAAACUGCAGGAGUUGGAGGAGAAAAAGCAGGAGGUGCCGGAAAAUGGCGAAAACUAUCACGACAUCGUCGAGUUCGCCCAGAACUAUUUCAACAGUCACGAGCGCUCGCCCGAGGGUACGAUCAUGGCGACGCUCACGAGAAAAUCACGCGGCAAGAUCACAGAAUUCGUGCCCAAGUACGAGAUGGUCACUUAUUACAAGGGCUCGACCAUUUCGAACUCGCACAUUCACCUCUACGAUCCGGAUAACGUCAACGUGGCCUGCUCGGUGUUCAGGGAUCUGUGCAAGUACUUGCGAGGCGAACUGAAGCCGGACCAAGAAAUCGGCAUCAUACAGAGUAUUAUAGGCUACGGUAUCGAACGGGAAGAGUUGCGCGACGAGAUUUUCGUUCAGUGUAUGCGCCAAGGGACCAACAAUCCCAACGCUGAGUGGGCCGAGCGCGUUUGGCUUCUGCUCUGCCUGGCCGUUGUCGCUUUCCAGCCGAGCAAGCUGCUCCACAAGUAUUUCAUGUCAUUCCUCAAGAAGAACCUGACGCUCGACGGCAAGCUGCGCCAGUUCGUGCAGUGGUGCCUCGAGAACUGCAACACGAACAAGGUCUCAUGCAGGAGACAUCCACCCUCGGCCGUCGAAAUAUCCGCGAUGCGCCGACUGGGUACCAUAGUGUGCCGAUUUUUCUUCCUCGACGGUAGGACCAAGGCGAUCGACGUUCAUCCGACGGACACUGCUGCCGAUGCCGUCAAAAAACUAGCCGAGAAGCUAGGUCUCAGGUCUCUCGAGGGUUGGGCAAUCUAUCAGAGCAGACCCGACGGCGAGGAACACGUUCGGGCUCACGACUACCUCUACGACAUCAUUGCCGAGUGGGAGACGAAACAAAACAAACUUAACACGGUGCAAUCCGGUUUCUCGACUGUGCGUCGCAACAAUCAAGCUCUGACGAAUGGCGACAAUCGCUUUAUAUUCAAGCGACGCCUGUUCCGCAACACCAAAGAACUUUCCCAAGACCCCGUCGAGGUGAACAUGCUGUACGCCCAAGCCGUGUAUAACGUCGUCAAGUGCGAUGAUUUUCCGGUAUCGGAGAAGGUGGCCCUGCAAUUGGCCGGGUUGCAGGCCCAGGUGAUGCUCGGCGAUCCGAAGGACAACGAUCGGUUUGAUUAUUACCAGGAGAUUGAGACCUUCCUGCCGUACCGCAUCAGCCGAGCUCGAGGGGACGAUGUAUGGGUGCCGAUUCUGGCGCAGGCGCAUCGCCAGUAUGGCGCUGGACGCCAAGAGCUCGCCGCCAAGGUCCUCUACCUGUCCUGCGUGAUGCAGUAUCCUCUGUACGGCACGACCAUGUUCAACGUGACCUAUCGCGGCUACUGGUCCUACGGCAAUCAUCUGAUCCUCGGCAUCAACUGCGAGGGCCUGAUGCUCAUCAAGCCCGACGACAAGUUCGUGCUGUCCGAGUAUCGCUACCAGGACGUCGAGAGUAUAAUGAUCGACCCGAGUGACUCGUUCAUCACGUUCUGGCUGCUGAGGCACAACCCCGACAGCUCGCACAAGUGCUUCGUCUUCGAGACGACGCAAAAAAACGAGAUUGGAAGUCUGAUCGUCAGCUACUGUCCAGCGCUGGCCGGCUGGAUUACGGACAACGAGGCUCCGGCUAAAAAGCUCAAAGGCAUCACGAACGAGGACAGAUUGAGGCUGUACCACAAUCUGGUGAACUGUCGCAGGACACUCGUCGACUCGGAGGCGUUGCGCAAGCCCCAGGACGCGGGCUCGAACUUCUUCAGGAACACGUUGAGACGACUGUCCAAGUCAAGGAUAGAAAAGCUGCGCCAGGAGCACGGUAACUCUGUGGACCAGGGUGAGACGUACAAGGGCUUCCAUUACGGGUACUGGGCCUUCAGCAAGACGCCACUGACUCAAAGCCUGACAAAACUGCCGGAUGCCGAGGAGCAGGUUGCUCUGAGCGUCUUCCAGCUGAUUUUGACCUACGCCGGCCUCGGUCAGAACGGCGACAUGGUGCGCCGAGCCGAAGACGAUCACAUACAUCUCAUACAGACCGUGAUGGACCGCUGCAUGCGAAAUGACAAGCUAUUGGGAGAGCUGUAUCUUCAGCUGAUCAAACAGAGCACGGACCAUCCAGAUCCGAACAGCCGAGUCAACCUUAGGCACUGGGCUCUCAUAUCGUUGGCUUGCUCCGUCAUUCUACCACCACAAAAGAUCAUAAGAAAGUAUCUCAUCACGCAUCUGAAGCGCUGUGCCAGCGAUUACGUGACGGAGGAGGGUAAAUUUGCGAGAUUUGCGGAAAAGUGCUUGUACAAAACGCAAGGCACCUGGAAGCGCCAGUGGACGCCGAGUCGGGAGGAAAUCAUGUGCACGAUCAACAGAAGGCCCAUAUACGCGAGAUUCCACUUUAUGGACGGAAAGUAUCACGCGGUCGAGUUCCACCCGUCGGCAACUGCGAGGGACGUCAUGACGAUCAUCAAGCAGAAAGUCGGUCUCGGAGAAAACGCUAUGGGCUACGCGAUAUACGAAGUACUUAACAAUACCGAUCGAGCUCUACUGCCGGACGAAAAGAUCGCCGAAGUCAUGUCUAAGUGGGAAAAGUUCCGAAACGCCAAUGCCACAGGCCAGGGCACACAGCCGCGCAAACACGCACAUCACUUCUUCCUAUUUAAAAAGCACCUGUUUCUGGACCAAUAUAUUAAUCUCGACGAUACGGUCGAGAAGGAACUUUUGUAUCACCAGGUUCUUCACGAUCUACGUGCCGAUCGUUUCCCCAUUACGGACAAAGAAGCCAUCAUGCUGACAGCCCUGCAAGCCCAACUCGAGCUCGGUGACUGCGAAGAACACGUCACGGUACAAGAGUACCAGUCGAUAGCCGGUCACUGUCUGCCGUCCCGGUUCGUGCCCAACCUCUGCCUCGACGGCGUUCUACAGCACCAUCAGUCAUUGCACAGUAUGAAUCCAACCGAUUCCAAGCAGGCCUUCCUCAAUCUCAUACAAUCGUGGCCACUACACAAGGCGACGAUCUUCGACGUCAUGCAGUCGUUCACGUCGAUCUGGCCGCGCGUCCUUUGGCUUGCCAUCGACCAAACUGGCCUACAUCUGCUCGAGCAUCGCUCCAGGAAUGUACUCUGCACUUUCGAGUACGUCAAUAUUCUUAGCUACAAUCCUGCCAUGAACUGCCUGAUGAUUAUCACUGGGCCCGACAAGAAACAGAGCAAAGUCAUACUCACGACCAAACAGGCGUUCCAGAUCGCGAAUCUGAUUCGCGAGUACAUGGAGGUACUUGGAUUGCCGGUAGAAGUUCAUAAACGAGACGCCGGUAUGGUGCAAGUGAACCAGGCGCAUCAGCAGCAAGUCGCCAAUGGAACCCUCAAUCGAAAAUCACGACCGGCUUCGGCACUGCACCGAGGCGCGCCUGUCAUUCACUCCCAAGCGAGUUAAAAUAAAAAAUUCAAAACCCCAUACUCUGUGGUAUAAGCGCAAUUGUGAAUAGUACCCAAAGGAAGGUAUAAGUCGUUCUUUUUUAUCUUCCAAUUAUUUAAAUUGCUGCGGUCAUUCGCUCGGAAGCGAUAGAUCGACCGUACGAGGUUGUACAUUUUAUUGGCGAACGAUUUUGUAAUCUAUAAUGUAAAUUAUUUGACGAUGGUGCGUGCAAACGAUUUGUUUUCCUGUGAGUCGUCGGUUACGACAAAUUUAUUCUUUUUUCAAGAUAUUCAAUCGUUGACGUGUAUUUAGUUUUGAUUAAUAUAAUUAACACUACAAUUAAAUGCUAAAGAAAUACCUCGAAGAAUCUCUAAUGAAAAUAUGUAUAGCAAAAAUAUAUAUCUCAUAGCUCGUAUAAUUGUAUGGACGAAUGGUUUACAGUGGAAAUGAAAAAAUCAUGUUUAGCUUAUAGUGAUGCUGGCUUUAGGAGUAUAUGUUUGAAUAUUGCAAAUAUGAUGAAAGUAGACGACGUGUAUAUGUCUACAAUAUUGCGUAAAACACUGCCGUGUAAGAUUGUUUGUCGACUCUAACAGGUAAAAUAGCCGGAGUCGUGUGUUUUUGGAUAAAUUAUUUAACUAGCAAAUUUACACUUAUUCAAUGCUGGAAAGUUUUUUCGUAUCGUUAUUGCAUUAUAUACACUUGUAACAACCGUUGCCUUUUUAAUGAAUUAUAUAAAGUAUACGAUAUACCUCAUCGUUUUAUAAAAAAAAAAGUUUUGAUUGAAAAAUAUUAACGACAGAUUAGAUUAUGAGAAAUAGAUACGUGACAUCACAUACAAAACGAUAUGUGUGUACACGAGGUGCAAAAACAAAAAAAGUUGACAAAGCGUUUUGUCUUUGACGUUUCAAAUUUUAUAACCAAAUAAGUAUACAGAUUACAAGUGAGGAAUUGCAUCAAGAUUUGAAGAGAGCCGUAUUGUUCAGUAAAGUUCGUUUACUUUAAAUUAAGCUGAACCAAGCAUAAUCUCGAGAUCCAAUGUUUAUCAGUUUUGCGUCGAUUGCAAAUACAGACAUUUGGGUAUCCAGCGUUUAGAGCAAGACUUUUGAGUAUGUAUCAAGUUAUUUAGAUAACCAUUAAAAUAAUAAAAACAAAGUGACGACAAAAUAACAAAAGUUAAUAAACUGGGCUUGAUUUUUUACGACUGUCAAGUUUUAUAAUUUUACAAUUUUUAAUAUUAUACACAGCCAAUCGGUUAAUUAAUCGCAAUCAAGGCAUUUUGGCUGUUAAAAUUUAAGAUUUCUGAUGUAAGUGUAUUAUAGGAGAAUAUAUUUAAAGAAUUCUCGUGUUAGUGCGUGUAAGAAAUAUUUCCGCUUAUAAUUCGUUAGUUGUUAAACUAAAUUGAAAAGCAAGUUGAAAAAAUGUGUUUGUAAAUAAUUAUGGGUAUGAAAAAUUAGAGUUAUUUGAAAUUAUCGAAGCCUGUUGUGCAUAUGUUACGAUUAAGAAACAUAAUUUUAACAAAUUCUGUACAAAAGUGUGUAUUUACGCGAAAAAAACUUUUUCUGUUUCUU